GUUUGAUUGACAUGUUAUAAAAUUCGUUAAAGUGACAGUGGUGUGUCUUUUAAUAAUUUAUAUUUUAGUAAUUUAUUUUGUGAUUAUAAAAAAUCCUAAUGUUUCUUGAAAAUCAAACAUCUGUUGAAGAUAAAAAUGUUUUAAUUGAUAUUAAACAGAUGGAGAAUCCAGUAACUCCAAGAUGUUCUCCAAGAGUAACAUUCGCUGACCAACAAGGGAGUAGUUUAAAACCAAAUUUAAAAAAUAGUAUUAAAGGCUUUUUAAUUGACUAUACAGAAGAAGAAAAAAGUCAUACUAGUUUACUAGACCACAUAAAGAAUCAUUUUGGAGAAUCUAUAUUAAAUAAAGAAACUAAUGAAACUUCAAUACCUAAUGGUUAUAGUAAAAUUGGAUUAAUUCCGAAAACAACUACCGAUAAAACACUGAAUGGUUUUCAAAAUAAAUUUGUAGAAAAUUUGUUAUCUAAUAAAAUCAAAAUAAAUGCAGUUCCUUGCAAUUUGGAGAAAAAAUCUGACGAAAAACCAAAUAAUUUGAAUAACGAAAUGUAUACAAACUCGUUUUUUAAUCAUCCAACUGUACAAGACGAAUUAUUCAACGAAAAUCUGAAAGCAAAAAUGUUGAUGCACAAGUAUUUCAAUACAAAUGAAGAUAGUUCAACAGAACCACUUUUAAACACCGAAGUAGAAGCAAAGGCAUUAAAUUUAAUAAGACACGUAUCAAGCAUGUUAAAAAAAUUCAAUUCCGAAACCGAAUCUGACGAAAAACUCAAACCAAAACCGUACGAUUCUUUAAUUAAUAAAGAAUAUAAAGCACUACCAAAUCCUAGUAGUAGUAUCAGAUAUAUCAAGCCCUUUAUGUAUCCCAAAAACGUUAAUGAAAGCGUUACCGAGGUUCACUUAUCUGAUUUUAAUUUGAAUAAUAAAAUCGAGGAUUCGUCUGAAUGUUUGCAAUUCCUGGAUACUAAAUUUAUACAUAGCGGUAACAAAAUAUUGUAUAAGAAUAAGAGCGAGAAUUUGAAUAAAGAUGUUUCUACCGAUAAUAUAGAAGAUUUGCCUGCGUGUGUAAUACCGGAAAGGUAUAUGAGUCUCAGGAAUAUGUAUAGCUAUUUUAAUAUGCAGAAUUUUUCCAGGUUGACAUCUCAAAAAACACUUUUUAACAAUUCGAGUCACUUUGGUGUACGAUUGAAUACCAAGCUGGAAAUUAAUGUCAACGAUAGUGACUACAAAAAAUGGUUGAAACAAAAUAAUUUUAUUAAAUAUACAGAUCUGUCCAUAACUUCUGAUUCUUGUUCGAUUGUCACAGAUGAAAUUAUAAACUGUUCAGUUUCUGAACGUGGUAAUAAGAAAAUUUCUCCAAUCAAGAAGACGGAACCUUUGAAAAUUAAUACGAAUUCUCAAACUUCGUGUUACUUUAAUUUCGAACAAUACUACGAGCUGAUACUGUAUGAACAUAUAGUCGUUUUGAACGCUGUUCAAUUUUUCACCUAUCUUUUUCAUGUUCAACGAUUGAAACAAAUGACAUUCUCUGAAAGGUGUAUUCAAGCCUUGUUUUUUGUCUUUUGCUACUAUGUAACUGCCUUUGUAAGUGAAUUGGGGAUCGAUAGAAUGGUUGAAAAUUUAGAUAUAGAAAGUUUAAUAAUAAAGCAUUGAAAAACCG